AUGAGUAAUAGGAUUCAUUCUUGGAAUGUGGUUCAUAAGUUGGAGAAGCGACAGCUUCUUGUUGCGAUCAAUUGUAUCGCUGCUCUGUCGAUCCUAUUCUUUGGAUAUGAUCAGGGAAUGAUGUCGGGAGUGAAUAAUGCCGAGGAUUAUGUCAAGCUUAUGAAAUUUGGAUAUACGAAGAGGGAAGAUGGAGAGCCGACUGUUGUGGUCACUAAUUCUCUACUUCAGGGUGGAAUCGUCGCGGUGUAUUACUUGGGGACGUUAUUUGGUGGUUUGUUUGGUGGAUGGCUGGGAGAUCGCAUAGGAAGAAUCAAGUCCAUUGCGGUCGGUGCUAUUUGGGCGAUCGUUGGUGCUAGUCUGCAGUGCUCCGCUCAGAACCAUGACUGGAUGAUUUGUGCCCGUUUUGUGAACGGAAUCGGGACGGGGAUCUUGAACGCUAUCGUCCCUGUCUGGGCUACGGAGACGGCUGAACACACUUCCCGAGGACAAUUCAUUGCGAUUGAAUUCACGUUAAACAUCUUUGGUGUUGUUCUUGCCUACUGGUUGGAGUUUGGCCUGUCAUUCAUCGAUGAUGGAAGGUCUCCUUUCCGCUGGAGAUUUCCCAUCGGGUUCCAAAUCUUGUUCCUCGUGGUCCUCUUCUUUGCCGUCUGGUUCUUCCCCGAGUCUCCUCGCUGGCUCGUCAAGGUUGGUCGAGAGGAAGAAGCUCAGUACAUUCUCCAGCGCCUUCGUGGAAGCAGCCCGGAGGACCGCAUCCGCGCCGAGGCUGAAUUCCUUGAUAUUCAGGCCAUUGCCGAAAUGGAGAAGACCGUGGUUCACGGCAACUCGUACCUUUCCAUGCUCUUUGGCUAUAAAUCAGGGGAUCUCCACAUCGGUCGCCGUGUCCAACUUGUGAUCUGGCUGCAGAUUAUGCAGGAAUGGGUAGGUAUCGCUGGUGUAACGGUUUAUGCUCCGACAAUUUUCAGUAUUGCAGGAUUCGACUCCACGAAGAGUCAGUGGAUUAGUGGGUUGAAUAAUAUCUGCUACAUGUUCGCCACACUCGUCUGCGUCUUUACUUUGGACCGCAUCGGCCGCCGAUGGACUCUGUACUGGGGCUCAGUCGUUCAAGGCAUUGCGAUGUUCCUCGCUGGUGGAUUCUCUCGCCUCGCCAUCAACGCCAAGGCAGCCGGUGACACCGGUCAUGCAUCCUCAUACGGUGCAGCCGCAGCUUCGAUGAUCUUCAUUUUCACGUCAACUUUUGGAGCGACCUGGCUGACUGUACCUUGGCUGUACCCUGCUGAAAUUUUCCCAUUGGCCGUGCGUGCUCGUGGAAAUGCCUGGGGCGUUGUUGGCUGGAGUAUUGGAAACGGAUGGCUCACUCUACUGUGCCCUGUUAUGUUCAGCGCCAUCGGUGAGAAGACGCUGUAUGUGUUCGCCGCGAGCAACGUCAUUACCAUUCCGAUGGUCUGGGCUCUUUACCCGGAGAGUAAUCAGCGUACACUGGAAGAUAUGGACUUGUUGUUUGCGGCCAAGACACCCUGGACCUGGGAUGCAGAGGAAACCUUCGCUCGUCUCAAGGCUGAGAAUCCAGGCAUGGUCCAGUCAGUUACUCGCAAGGGCAGUGUAGACCCGGAGACAGGCAAAGUGUUGCUUACCGCAGCAAAGGGUGAUGGAAAUGCGAUUUCCGCCGAGCACGUUGACAACGCAUGA